AGCAAAAGCCAUCGUGACUGCUUUACUUCAGUCUAUGUAAAUCGUUCGCGCACUUAGCAUAUCGCGUAUCGUUGUAUAUUUCUUGUUGUAUGUUUUUUUUUUCUUUCUGAUCUGUUGAGCAAUUUUCGUGUUCGUUUCCGUCUGUUGUGUUUUUUAGUGUGCGUCUCCGAAGUGAUCGUUCAGAGUUGAAAAGCAACAAAAUAAACGCAAGAACGAACGAAAUUGACGUCUCAUUUUUUAAUGGACAAAACAAGUGACAAAACGUUAGUGCAAAUAAACUAGUGACGAACAACAACGACAACAACGAUAAAAAAAAGAGUAUUUAAUCGCAAAAUAAAAAAGGCAGCGCAUGAAAAAUAGAACCAGCGAGAGAAGAAGAGUAUACACAUGUGAGAGACAAAAAAGACAUCUAUAAAAGAGAAACGACGCGGCAUACUCCAAGAAGAAGUGAAUAUAUACAUAUAUCUGGAAAAAUACUGAAUGCGAAAAAAAAAGUUCAUGAUUAAAAUCAAAUAAAAGACAAGAGCUAAAAUACAGUCACAUCGACGAAUUUUGUGUCUUCUAUUUCUUUCAUUUUUUUUUCUCUGGAUGUGUAUGUGAACGUGGGGAUUUCUUCUUCUAUAAAACUCUGAUUAGUGGAUUUAAGUGGUGUGUCAAACAUCUGAAUGAAAACAAAAAAGCAAUUGAGCACAUUAUAUGUGUAAACCUUGAAUGAACUGAUGAUCUUCAUUUAUCGAAUGAAAGGAGAAACCAAAAAAGUCUCUACGUUUUAGGGAAAAAAUUUUUUACUCAUGCACAAAAAAUCGACUUAUUCAAUCGUUCGUUGAUAUUUUUUUUUCCUUCGUUCAUGCGAUAAUCGCGAAGUAAUCAAUUAUAAUCGUAGUGUAUAGGAUACGGUCUUAAAUUCGUUUCGAGCUCAUUGAACGAACAAGUGUGUUUGCCACUGUGUGUGAAAUUUACGGUUCGUUAACGGACUUCAUGACUUAUUGUGGUUACCUCAUUUUGUUUGCCUCACAAAGAUAAACACUCGGCCUCAAAAGGAAACUCAUAUAUAUAUAUAUAUAAGUGUGUGUGCCAUUUCACCUUCUAAUCCAAUUUAAACGAGAAAAAAAAAUAAACCUUCCAAUACACUAUUAAACACCCAUUAGAAUCUAUCGAUAUUCUGUUAGAACGAGUAAGAAUCGACAGUUCAUUUUCUCUUCUGGUGGAGGCAGCUCUAGCGACAGUAAGAAAAAUAUAUCGCUAAAAGAGCAAGCACUGUUUGUCCUUGUCUAUGUAAAUUCGGUGAAACAUGAUUUUUAUUUCAUUCCAUCACACUGGCUGCCUGUAAUAAUAACACUAAUCUUCCGGUUCACUGGCGUAGAAAAGCCGGUUUGCAUUUGCGCAGCAUAGAGGAACCAAAUAAAAACAGAAUGCCCGCUGAGCAGGGGGGCACAGAACGAAUCGAUAACAUUGGCUCUCGUUCUGUUGUCCUCCUGCCAACCUGCCAAACCUCAUAUGAAUAUGAUCCAGAGUUUUCCCGUAUAGAAACAUGGUUGGACGAGAAUCCGGAAUUUUGCCAAGAUUAUUUCAUCAGAAAAGCGACAAGACAAUUAGUUGAUUCGUGGCUCAUAUCACAUGCAAAUUCUGGCAGCAGUGAACUACCAUCGCCUAUACAUGGAAAUGCACCGAACAAUUCAUCGAGGGGUGGGUCUGGUGCCACCACACCUGUUAGAAAAAUAUCAGCGCAUGAAUUUGAGCGUGGCGGCCUAUUAAAGCCCAUUGUAAAUACGAUAGAUGGAACGCCAACAUUUUUAAGUAUAAGUUCACAGAAUGAAAUGGUCUCAGGAUCAGGAUCAAGUCCAAUAAAUUCGUCUAGUCAUCCACACCGGCCACAGCGAUUGUCACGCAAUGAAUUAAAGCAUUUAGAUGAAAAACAGCUAAUUUUUGAAUUGGUGAAAGAUAUUUGCAAUGAGCUGGAUGUAAGAUCUUUGUGUCACAAAAUAUUACAAAAUGUUUCCAUAUUGCUGAAAGCUGAUCGAGGCUCACUGUUUUUGGUUCAAGGCAAAUGCACAGAUAAGAAUAAUCCUGACGCACCCAAAAAAUGUUUGGUAUCAAAAUUAUUUGACGUCUGUCCUCGAAGCACGCUUGAAGAAAUCGUACAGCACGAAGAGGUUCGUGUCGCUUGGGGUACAGGAAUUGCCGGUCACGUUGCUGAAAGUGGAGAGCCAGUUAAUAUACCGGAUGCAUAUCAAGAUGGACGUUUCAAUCGCGAAAUAGAUUUGCAAACGGGAUACCGAACAAAGGCUUUGCUCUGCAUGCCAAUUAAAGACUCUUCCGGAGACGUGAUUGGUGUUGCGCAAGUGAUGAACAAGCUAAAUUGCGAACGAUUUACAGAGAAUGACGAAAAGAUAUUUACAUCAUAUCUUCAAUUUUGUGGUAUUGGUUUAAGAAAUGCACAGCUUUAUGAAAAAUCUCUAUUAGAAGUAAAACGGAAUCAGGUUCUUUUGGAUUUGGCUCGAAUGAUAUUUGAAGAGCAAAGCACGAUAGAGCACAUGGUGCUGCGGAUUUUGACUCAUAUGCAGAGUUUGAUUCAAUGCCAGCGCGUUCAGAUACUGUUGGUUCAUGAGGCAUCUAAGGGCAGUUUCUCGAGAGUGUUUGACUUCGAAGCUAACGAUGUUAGCGAAGAGGAGAAUAGUACACGGACCAGUCCAUUUGAAUCCAGAUUCCCCAUCAACAUCGGAAUUACAGGUCAUGUAGCUACAACGGGAGAGACGGUGAAUAUAGCGAAUGCCUACGAAGAUCAUCGCUUUGACCAAAGUGUAGACGAUGGAUCGACUUUUAAGCACAAAACCAUACUUUGUAUGGCCAUCAAAAAUUCAUUGGGUCAAAUCAUCGGUGUCAUUCAAUUGAUCAAUAAAUUUGACAGCUUGACUUUCACCAAGAAUGACGAGAAUUUCGUUGAAGCAUUUGCAAUUUUUUGCGGAAUGGGAAUUCACAAUACACAUAUGUACGAGAAGGCGAUCGUUGCGAUGGCUAAACAAAGCGUCACAUUGGAGGUUCUCAGUUAUCAUGCAUCUGCGUCAAUGGAAGACGCGGUGCGCCUUCGAAAAUUGAAAAUUCCAUCGGCCGCGUAUUUCCAGUUGCAUGACUUCAGUUUUGAUGAUAUUUACAUGGAUGAUGAUGACACAUUGAGGGCGUGCCUGCGAAUGUUUUUGGAGCUGGACUUUGUUGAACGUUUUCAUAUUGACUACGAAGUGCUGUGUCGUUGGCUGUUGAGCGUAAAAAAGAAUUAUCGCAACGUUACUUAUCACAAUUGGCGACACGCUUUCAACGUUGCACAGAUGAUGUUCUCCAUUGUUACGACAACACAAUGGUGGAAAAUAUUCGGUGAAAUUGAAUGUCUGGCAUUGAUUAUCGCAUGUUUGUGUCAUGACUUGGAUCACAGAGGAACGAAUAAUUCGUUUCAAAUUAAAGCUUCGUCGCCUUUAGCCCAAUUGUAUUCCACCUCAACGAUGGAACACCAUCACUUCGAUCAAUGUCUCAUGAUUUUGAACAGCCCGGGUAAUCAAAUUUUGGCCCAUCUAUCGUCAGAAGAAUACAGCCGAGCCCUUCGCGUCUUGGAAGAUGCCAUUUUGUCAACUGAUUUGGCCGUUUAUUUCAGGAAACGUGGCUCGUUUUUGAAGCUUGUCAAACCGAAUACAUCCAUGGCAAAUUGGUUGAGUGAAGAGCCGAGAUCAUUGUUGCGGGCCAUGAGUAUGACUGUUUGUGAUUUGUCAGCCAUUACAAAGCCGUGGCCAAUUGAAAAGCGUGUGGCCGACCUUGUGACGUCGGAGUUUUUCGAGCAAGGUGACAUGGAGCGACAAGAGCUUAACAUCACUCCCAUUGAUAUAAUGAACCGGGAAAAGGAGAGAGAGUUACCAAUGAUGCAAGUGAAUUUCAUCGAUACCAUUUGUCUACCGAUUUACGAGGCCUUUGGAACGUUAUCGGAUAAGCUGCAGCCGCUAGUCAAUGGCGUAUUAGGCAAUAAAGAACAUUGGCUACAAAUGGCAAAAACUGUGCAAAAUCGAAGCAGUUCAUGUAAUAUGGGAACAAAUACCAACGAUUCAAUUACGACGCUAGUUUCGGCCAGCAAAAACGAUAACGAUGAAGACAACAAUUUGAACAAUAACAACAAUAUUGUGAACAAUAAUCGAUCGCCGUCGCUAACAAACGAAGACAAUAUUAUUUGUAAUGGCACAAACACAAACAGUGAAAUACCAAAAAUUGUUGGGAAAAUCGGAAGACUGAGCUCGCAAAAUAUUUUUUCUUCGAAGCAAAAUGGGAUAGAUUGCGAGAGUUUUUCACCGCGAGAUCUUACGCAGGAAGCAAUGGACCAAUAAACACAUACUAGUUUAUAUGUGACGAGAGAUUUUGUUACUGUUUUUUUUUCCUUUUUUUUUUUUUUUUUUUCGUCAUAUUUUUUUGGAUGUAUAUAUAUUUUUUUGUAUAACUUUCACCACAGCACCAAAAAAAAAAAGGAAAAAUUUGAAGAUUAUCACAUUGUAUCGAAACUAGUAAAAAACAUUGCAUCAAUCUAUGAAAUAGAUCUAUAUAUAUGCUGACAACAAUUACGUUAAUAAUUUGUAUUGGCUUAGCUUAGCUUAGCUUUUAGGGAUGACAAGUAAUGAUAUUAUAUUGUGAAGGAGAAACGAUGAUUUUUUUUUUUUGAAUUUAUUGAAAUUUUGUGUGUUUCAAAUAUGUGUAGUUUACUGAACUCCAAAUCAAAUAAAAUGCAACCAUUUUUGGUGUAACGAUUUUUCUGUGGAAAUCAACAAAAAUAACACAGCAGAAGAAAAAAACAAAACCUGUAAAUUAUUUUAUACCUAAACCUUAGUGAUGAGAUACUUUUAAUGAGAGAUAACUAAUCGAUUUUUUGCACAAAUUUAUUUUGAAAAAAAAAAAAAAAUGAACUCAGUUUUGAAAUGAAUUCAUUGUGUAUCUUUGUAAAUAGAAAUGCAAAAAUAAAAAAGCUGAACAAUUUUAAAAUAAGAAA